AUGGCGCUGCCCUCUUCCUUCUUGGUGGCCCUGGUGGCGCUGGGCUGCAACUCCGUCUGCUCUCUGGGCUGUGACCUGCCUCAGACCCACGGCCUGCUGAACAGGAGGGCCUUGACGCUCCUGGGACAAAUGAGGAGACUCCCUGCCAGCUCCUGUCAGAAGGACAGGAAUGACUUCGCCUUCCCCCAGGACGUGUUCGGUGGAGACCAGUCCCACAAGGCCCAAGCCCUCUCGGUGGUGCACGUGACGAACCAGAAGAUCUUCCACUUCUUCUGCACAGAGGCGUCCUCGUCUGCUGCUUGGAACACCACCCUCCUGGAGGAAUUCUGCACGGGACUUGAUCGGCAGCUGACCCGCCUGGAAGCCUGUGUCGUGCAGGAGGUGGGGGAGGGAGAGGCUCCCCUCACGAACGAGGACUCCCUCCUGAGGAACUACUUCCAAAGACUCUCCCUCUACCUGCAAGAGAAGAAAUACAGCCCUUGUGCCUGGGAGAUCGUCAGAGCAGAAAUCAUGAGAUCCUUGUAUUCGUCAACAGCCUUGCAGAAAAGAUUAAGGAGCGAGAAAUGA